GGGCAUUCAAUAAUGCGGCUAAAGCAUGUACUGAAAAAUUCCAUCAGUUAUUUACCAAGGACAAUGUGGGAAACCACUAUAGAACUCUUCGGAAUCGUUAUCUAGACAUGCGAAAAUGUCAUGAAAUCAGUGGCACCGGUUGGGAUGAAGAAACAAAAACAAUAACACUUGAUCCAAGUGUUUAUAGCACAUGGGCAAGGAAAAAUCCAAGACUCAAGGACUACGAGAACAAGCCUUUGAAGCACUACGAUGACUUGAAGCUAAUUAUCGGAGAUGAUUUCGUAACUGGAGAGUUUAAAAAGAAUACGUACGAUAAUUUUGAAGGAGUAGCCAAUGAGGUAAUUGAUCUUGACUUACCUGUUGAGAAUGAUAGCUCUCCUAUUCAAGUUGGAUCAUCCACGGAGGCGAAAGCUAACAAAACGGAAAACGCAAAAACUAAAGUUAGAAUUGACAAAUCAUCACGUGCAAACAAACGUCGUCUUGUACGAAAUGAGGAUUCUGAGGAGAUGACAAGUUUUCUUGAGAAAGUGGGAGAAAUUGCAUGCGCAAUUAAAGAUGGCAAUCAACACUAUAGUGUAAAAUUGGCCGAGAGCAUAUAUUCUCUUCGUGAAUUCCCACAACAUGUAUUGGAUCAUGCGCUCGAUCAUCUAUAUGAUAAUGAAAAGCAAGCUAGGCUAUUCAUAGUGAAGCCAUUGGAAUCUCAAGUGGCUUGGAUGAAAGACCAUGUCUUGAAGUAUCACUUGAACAACAAUAGAAAUGUUGGGGAUGAUAUUGACGAGGAUUCAAGCUAGGGAUGAGUUAUUUUGGAUAGAAGAAAAUACCUUUUGUUGAACAUUUCGGUGAAUUUGAACUUUAAUGUAGGCUUUGAUUUAUUUUACUUGCUUUUGUUGUGGGUCGGAUGACUAAACUUUAUUUUUGGUUGUGAUGUUGUGGGUUGGAUGAGUUAUUUUGGA